UCCCGUUGAGAGCAGCCGCCGCGGAGACCCGGGGGCACCGGCUUUGUGCUGUUGUUGCUGCCAUGGGCAAAAGAGACCGGGGCGACCGCGAUAAGAAGAAAUCCAAGAAGCGGCACUACGAGGAUGAAGAAGAAGAUGAAGACGACGUCCCCGGGAACGACUCUCAGGAAGCGGUCCCCUCGGCGGCCGGGAAGCAGGUGGAUGAGUCCGGUACCAAAGUUGAUGAAUAUGGAGCCAAGGACUACAGGCUGCAGAUGCCCCUGAAGGACGACCACACCUCGAGGCCUCUCUGGGUGGCUCCUGAUGGCCACAUCUUCUUAGAAGCCUUCUCACCAGUUUACAAAUAUGCUCAAGACUUCCUGGUGGCUAUUGCCGAGCCCGUGUGCCGACCAACCCACGUGCAUGAGUACAAAUUAACCGCCUACUCCCUGUAUGCAGCUGUCAGCGUUGGGCUACAAACCAGUGACAUCACUGAGUACCUCCGGAAGCUCAGCAAGACGGGAGUCCCUGAUGGAAUUAUUCAGUUUAUUAAGCUGUGUACUGUCAGCUAUGGAAAAGUCAAGCUGGUCCUGAAGCACAACAGAUACUUCGUGGAAAGCUCCCACCCUGAUGUCAUCCAGCACCUUCUCCAGGAUCCGGUGAUCCGGGAGUGCCGCCUGCGGAACUCUGACGGGGAGGCCACGGAGCUCAUCACAGAGACGUUCACGAGCAAGUCGGCCAUUGCCAAGACUGCUGAAGGCAGUGGUGGGCCUUCCACUUCCCGGGUGACGGACCCACAGGGUAAAUCUGACAUCCCCACGGACCUGUUUGACUUCUAUGAACAAAUGGACAAGGAUGAGGAAGAAGAAGAAGAGACACAGACUGUAUCUUUUGAAGUCAAGCAGGAAAUGAUUGAAGAACUCCAGAAACGUUGCAUCCACCUGGAGUACCCUCUGUUGGCAGAGUAUGACUUCCGGAAUGAUUCUGUUAACCCUGAUAUCAACAUUGACCUGAAACCCACAGCUGUCCUUAGACCUUAUCAGGAAAAGAGCUUACGGAAGAUGUUUGGGAAUGGACGUGCCCGCUCAGGGGUCAUUGUUCUUCCUUGUGGUGCCGGCAAGUCCCUGGUUGGUGUGACAGCUGCCUGCACCGUGAGAAAGCGCUGUCUGGUGCUGGGCAACUCAGCUGUGUCUGUGGAGCAGUGGAAAGCCCAGUUCAAGAUGUGGUCCAUCAUCGACGACAGCCAGAUCUGCCGCUUCACCUCCGACGCCAAAGACAAGCCCAUAGGCUGCUCCAUUGCCAUUAGCACCUACUCCAUGCUGGGCCACACCACCAAAAGAUCCUGGGAGGCCGAGCGAGUCAUGGAGUGGCUCAAAACUCAAGAGUGGGGCCUCAUGAUCCUGGAUGAAGUACACACCAUACCAGCCAAGAUGUUCCGACGGGUGCUUACCAUCGUGCAGGCCCACUGCAAGCUGGGAUUGACCGCGACCCUUGUCCGAGAAGAUGACAAAAUUGUGGACUUAAAUUUUCUGAUUGGGCCCAAGCUCUACGAAGCUAACUGGAUGGAGCUGCAGAACAGUGGCUACAUCGCCAAAGUCCAGUGUGCUGAGGUUUGGUGCCCAAUGUCUCCUGAGUUUUACCGGGAGUAUGUGGCGAUCAAAACCAAGAAACGAAUCUUGCUGUACACCAUGAACCCCAACAAAUUCAGAGCUUGCCAGUUUCUGAUCAAAUUUCACGAAAGGAGAAACGACAAGAUUAUUGUCUUUGCCGACAAUGUGUUUGCCCUGAAGGAAUAUGCUAUUAGGCUGAACAAACCCUAUAUCUAUGGUCCUACGUCCCAGGGGGAGAGGAUGCAGAUUCUGCAGAAUUUCAAGCACAACCCCAAAAUCAACACCAUCUUCAUAUCCAAGGUGGGCGACACGUCGUUUGAUCUGCCGGAAGCGAACGUUCUCAUCCAGAUCUCAUCUCACGGCGGCUCCCGGAGGCAGGAGGCCCAGCGGCUGGGGCGCGUGCUCCGGGCCAAAAAAGGGAUGGUUGCGGAGGAGUAUAAUGCCUUCUUCUACUCGUUGGUGUCCCAGGACACACAGGAAAUGGCUUACUCAACCAAGCGGCAGAGGUUCUUGGUAGACCAGGGUUAUAGCUUUAAGGUGAUCACGAAGCUGGCCGGCAUGGAGGACGAAGAGUUGGCGUUUUCCACAAGAGAGGAGCAGCAGCAGCUCCUACAGAAAGUCCUGGCCGCCACCGACCUGGAUGCCGAGGAAGAGGUUGUGGCGGGAGAGUUUGGCUCCAAAUCCAGCCAGGUGUCGCGGCGCUUUGGCACAAUGAGCUCCAUGUCCGGGGCCGACGACACAGUGUACAUGGAGUACCACUCGUCCCGGGGCAAGACUUCCACGAAGCACGUGCACCCACUCUUCAAGCGGUUCAGGAAGUGACAGCCACCGGGUCACAGAGGUCAAGCCCCAGCGGUGCCAGGUGGGGCUUUCCGCGUCCCGUUCUCUCCUCUGGCCGUGGCUGCAGAGCUCUGGAGGCCGUGUGUGCUCACCGUGACGGGGACCACGUGCCAGAGCUCGGGUCUGCCUCUGCAGGCCAGCCAGGGUCUUUGAAAAGCUGGGAGACUGUUUUGGUUUUUUUCUAGGCCAUUUUUCUAUCCUGGGGUGUGAUCAUUCCUCCCUAUAAAUAUUUGUAAUAUUUAAGGUGUAUUUAUCUAAUGUGCUGAAUAAACAGAAAUAGAACAUUUGA